AUGGAAGAUUCUAAUCGUGGUUCCAGUUUAAUUGACUAUGUUCUCGCUGAUAUAAGAGCUCUAAGCAAUAUAACCAAGUUUGGUGUAAAUACAUUCAAUGAGUUUUCUUACCAUGCAUCAUUAUGUUUUCGAGUGAAACUUGAACAUAAGCAUAAGUGUGUGACUCCCUUAGUAAAAAAUUCAAAAGAUCACCAACGAUUGAACAGGUGGAAUCCAAGUAAAUCUUCCGAAUUAAAGCAAUUGUUAUUGAGUGAACUGGAUUCUUUAACUAACUUAGUUAACUCGUCGCCCAUGAGUGUCGAUAAUAUAGCAAAAAAUAUAUCGUGUGUAUUGCAGGAUGUAGGAGCUAGGUGUCUUGGUGUCAAGACUGUUAAAUCUUCCACUCGUAGUUCAACAAAAAAAUCAUAUAGCAAUGAAUGGUUUGACUCGAAGUGCAGGCUAGCCCGUCAAGAUUUUAAUCGUGUAAGAAACAAAUAUCUUCGUAAACGAUGUUCUACGAAUCGUAAAUGUUUUUGCUCAGCUCGUAGUUAUUACAGUAAAGUUAAACGCCACGCAAAAUUUAAGCUGUCAAAACUGAAAGCUAGGAAGAUUAGUUCUCUUCACAAGUGUGAUCCUAAACAAUUUUGGAACGAGAUAAAAUCGAGUUAUCAUCAAGUCCCCAAAACCGAUCUCUGUGUUAAUGAUUUCUUUGAACAUUUCAAGGCCGCCUUUGGUAACGAAUUGAAUAGUUCCUCUAAUACUCUCAAUGAUGUAUCUGAUCAUAAUGGGAUUUUAUUCUAUCAAAAUGGUACCUUUCAUAAAGCUGAAAAAAGGUUGGCUUCUCAGGGUAGAAAGGCUCUUGGAGCUGUGAUUAGCCGUGCUGGCUCACUUUGUCUUGACAUCCGAAGCAAAUGUACACUAUACAACUCAUGUGUGGCUUCAGUCCUUUUGUACGGAUGUGAGGUAUGGGGCUUUAUUAAAGGUCGAAAUAUUGAAAUUAUCCAGAAUGACUUUGUAAGAUACACUCUGUCUCUGGGUAAAGCGACGCCUUUAAUAGCCGCCAUCUCUGAAAUUGGAUUAUACCCUUUAUCGGUUAUUAGAAAAUGUCGUAUUCUGAAAUAUUGGCAACGGAUAGCCCUGUCUAAUAACCCGCUACUUCGUGCUGUAUAUGAAGCUCUAUGUAGCGAUGCCCUUAGUGGCAAACAUAAUUGGUUAUAUAACGUGAAAAUUCUGUUAGAUCAGAUCGGUUUUUCUUAUGUAUUUACUAAUCCAGGUUCUGUUUAUUUUAAGUCUUUAAAAUCACGUAUUUACGACCAAUAUGUUCAGGAAUGGUGGUCGUCCCUCGUUGAAUCUAGCAAAUUGAGAUUUUUUAGAAAUUUUAAAAUUAAUUCUCAAUAUGAAACAUACCUUGAUGCAAAUAUUGCAACGAAAUUCCGUAGUAUCAUUUGUAAAUUUCGUUGCGGUAAUCUACAGCUGCGUGUCGAGACUGGUAGAUAUACUAAGAUACCUCGUGACAAAAGAAUCUGUGAAUGUUGCAAGUCAAAACAUUAUAUAGAAGAUGAAUUUCACUUUUUGCUUUGUUGCCCCAUCUAUAGCCAUCUUCGCCAGAAGUUUUUUCAUAAACAAUUUUGGUCAUUUCCUUCCCUUCUCAAAAUGAACAUUCUAAUGAAUCCGAAAUCCCACUCCCAAGUUCUUUCACUUGGUAGAUAUCUCUACGAGGCUUACAAACUCCGAGAAACAAUCGUAAUUAAUCUGUAA